CCUCCCUUGCGUUCUAAGUUUCAAGCGCCGUCUUCCCUCCCCUUCUAAAGUCUAGAGAGAGAGAGAGAAUUUUUUUUAGAGAGAGAAAAUGGCUGUGGACUUGCAAUUGCCCCCUGGUUUUCGAUUUCAUCCAACGGAUGAGGAACUCGUGAUGCACUAUCUCUGUCGUAAAUGUGCGUCGCAGAAUAUUUCUGUUCCUAUUAUUGCAGAAAUUGAUCUCUACAAGUAUGACCCUUGGGAUCUUCCGGGUUUGGCUUUGUAUGGAGAGAAAGAAUGGUACUUUUUUUCGCCUAGAGACCGGAAGUACCCGAACGGUUCGAGGCCGAACCGGGCGGCUGGGAGUGGAUACUGGAAGGCGACCGGGGCCGAUAAGCCGAUCGGGAAUCCGAAGCCGGUCGGGAUUAAGAAGGCGCUGGUUUUUUACGCCGGGAAAGCGCCGAAGGGAGAGAAAACCAAUUGGAUUAUGCAUGAGUACCGGCUCGCAGACGUGGACCGGUCGGUUCGCAAGAAGAACAACAGCUUAAGGUUGGAUGACUGGGUCUUGUGCCGCCUAUACAACAAAAAAGGAACCAUAGAGAAGCAACACGUGAGCACCCGGAUUCCGACUACCUAUUCGGAAACUGACGAACAGAAGCCGGUGAUUCUGACCCACCAAGUCCAGAAGGGCGGCGCUCCGCCGCGGCCGUCGGUGGGGUUGUUCAAUGAGAUGGUGCACCAUGACACAUCUGAUUCCUUCCCAAGACUUCACACGGACUCGAGCUGUUCGGAGCACGUCGUGUCGCCGGAGUUCACGUGCGAACGGGAGGUUCAGAGCCAGCCGAAGCCGAAUGAGAUUGACAAUAAUACCCUUGAUUUCCCGUUUAAUUACUUGGAUUCUUCCAUGUACAACGAUUUCGCUUCUCAGUUCCAUAAUGAUCAGAUGUCGCCGUUGCAGGAUAUAUUCAUGCACCUGCAGAAGCCCUUUUGAAGUUGGUGGGACCAUUUGGUGGGUCAACUAAAGGCGUGGCUCAUCGGACCCACGUGGCACCGGGUACACGUGUCACAGAGACAGAAUGUCAAUGAGUGUGCACGUGUGAGGUCUAUUUAUGAAAUUUAGUUGAUUAGUAUUCGGAUUUGAAAAUGAUUUUUCAAACUGAUUUGAUUGUCUGAAGGAUUCACAUUUAAGGUUAUCCGCGUCAAGAGAUAAAAUUCAUUCAACUAUACACCACCGCCAAGAAAAUAGAUUCAAAUAGUAUGGUUGUUAGGAUUUUCUUAGUAUUAUACUAUUAUGUAUGUAUACAAUAUGUAGAUUGAUCCAUGUAUGUAUACAAUAUGUAGAUUGAUCCAUGUAUGUAUACAAUAUGUAGAUUGAUCCAUGUAUUUAUACAUAUUAUUCUUGGAAAGGUUAUGGUGAGCCUUUCAAAUGUUCUCAUAUUUGUAAUUGGUUACGUGUGAGGACAUUUAUUGGGAAGUGGCUCGUUAGUAGGUGAAAUUGUAGGUAUUGACCAAAUGUUGGUUAGCAUUAGUGUUGGUAGAAUGUAGACAAUAUGUAAAUAUAUGUUACAUUUAUUUUUGCUUUUA